GUGACGUAUAAUCUAGUGGACGGAACGCUUCUUUAAACAGCAGCAACCGUUCGUCACCCACCUCGGUAGCUUGGUAUACAAAAUAUCCGAACAAAUAAAGCUCUUUAGACGCUUUAGUGUAUAUUAGCAACUGUGUUUUAAACCCACUUCUGUCCUCGAGUUAAUUAUCCGAUUUAAUUUCAUAUUUACGGUGUUGUUGUUACUAUUCAGCUAACAAGCUGGUUAAGUUAGCAUUAGCCUAGCUAGCUAACAUCCCCGACCAUGCGGUCACUAAGCUACUCUCCUAAAGAAGAGGUGGGUAUCACAGUAAAACAAGAAGUAGAGGGUGAGGCCGUUACUGUGAAAGAAGAGGAAGACACGUUCAGAGUGAAAGAGGAGGAGGAUGCAUUUUAUGGAUUGAAAGAGGAAGAGGUGGAAAUGACUGUCACAUCCACAAAAAAGGAGGAAGAAGAGAAGGAACCUGGAUAUCUGGGCCCGGUUUCCCAAACGCAUCUUAAGGUGUCUGAUGGUUCUAACGGUGAAUUGAGAAACCGUUCCAUGAUUAACACUAGAGAGAGACGGGACUAUCGUGGAUCCUCUGGGGAGCCUCAACAACCUCAUGAUGCUGACGAGGCAGAGAAAAGUAUCUCCAGAUCAGAACACCUCAAGAAACACCCGCAGAGACCCUCAUGGAAGAGAACUCACAUCUGCUCUGACUGUGGGAAACAUUUCAAAUUUUCAUAUGAACUUAAAAUACACCAGAGAACACACACAGGAGAGAAAUCUUAUAGCUGUACUCAAUGUGGGAAGAGUUUUUCUCAGUCAACCACCCUGAUAUCACACCAGAGAACACACACAGGAGAGAAACCUUAUAGCUGUGCUCAAUGUGGGAGGAGUUUUUCUCAGUCAACCACCCUUAUAUCACACCAGAGAACACACACAAGAGAGAAAUCUUAUAACUGUGUUCAAUGUGCGAAGAGUUUUUCUACAUCUUGCAAGCUGACUAGACACCAGAGAACACACACAGGAGAGAGACCGUAUAGCUGUACUCAAUGUGGGAAGAGUUUUUCUCAGUCAACCACCCUGAUAGCACACCAGAGAACACACACAGGAGAGAAACCUUAUAGCUGUGCUCAAUGUGGGAAGAGUUUUACUACAUCCAGCAACUGGUAUAGACACCGGAGAACACACACCGGAGAGAAAUUGUAUAGCUGUACUGAAUGUGGGAAGAGUUUUUCUCAGUCAACCACCCUUAUAUCACACCAGAGAUCACACACAGGAGAGAAAUCUUAUAGCUGUGUUCAAUGUGGGAAGAGUUUUGCUACAUCCUACAAGCUGACUAGACAGCAGAGAACACACACAGGAGAGAAAUCGUAUAGCUGUACUCAAUGUGGGAAGAGGUUUUCUCAGUCAACCAGCCUGAUAUCACACCAGAGAACACACACAGGAGAAAAAUCUUGUAGCUGUGCUCAAUGUGGGAAGUGUUUUGUUACAUCUAGCAGUCUGACUAAACACCAGAGAACACACACAGGAGAGAAAUCUUAUAACUGUACUGAAUGUGGGAAGAGUUUUACUCAGUCAACCAGCCUUAUAUCACACCAGAGAAAACACACACAGGAGAGAAAUCUCAUAGCAUUGCUCAAUGUGGGAAGAGUUUUGCUACGUUUAGCAAGCGGACUACACAACAUGUAACACACACAGGAGAGAAUUCUCAGCUGUGAUCAGUGUUUGUCCUUGAUAAAAUACCUCUGAUCAAACAUCAGAAAAUAUAUGAAGGAGUUGUUUCAUGAUAUCAAUUAAUUAAUGUCACAGUGUAGAACGUUUCAACAUUGUAGUAGGAGUAUUUUAGUCAUGUCACGAUGUCGAACCCUAAACGUUUGCCCCUUUUCUAUUGAUUUGAACUUGAUAGGGAUGUUAGCUUCACGGAAAAUUCAGGCUCUGAAUUGAAAGAGUACUAUUUAUGUGAUUUAACAAAAAUUGACGUUGAGUUACACUUACGGUGUU